AUGCUUGAUAUUGUGGAGACUGUGGACUUUUUGAUAAAUCAGGUUGUUUUACACACCGGUAAGACUCAUCACCGACCUGGUCCGCAUACCUCGGGUCUUUUUUUGGGAACUAACGAUUGCUUUCUGCGCAGAUCUAUGCGCAACGCAAUGGAAUUGCCGUUCGAGGACGAGGGCACAUCACAGGAGCCUGUCACGAACGUCUACAGGUUGGAUGGAACACUACCAGCCGUUGAGCUGGCGGAGUCAUUAGGAUUUGGAGUGAAGUACAUUCAACCACUCAAAGAAGAACUCGUGAAAAGACCAUCUCGGACUCCUACUCCAGACCUUUGUUCAAGGUAUCUAGACAGUGAUCAGCUAUUAUUCUUGCUAAUGACAAGCCUCAAGGAAGGAUGUUGGACCAUGUUCGAACUGUUAGAAACAUUCCUUUGUUUGGUUGCUGAUUUUUCUCCCGCUUGUGGGGCUGUUCCUUCCAGUUUGGUGGAGAUUAUAAUUCAGUGCUACCGCAGAUUCAAUUUAUUAUCCAGUGAUCUCUGUCAUGACAAGUAUAUCCGUUUGCACGUGUUAAUGGAUGAACUU